AUGGAGAAUGACGAUAUCUCUGUUAUCGAAUCCAAAGAGCAGCAGGCCGUGGAUGAGUACUGUCGGCAGCAUGAUGUCCAAGGUCUCAUCGAGGGUUUAGUCACCCGGUACCUUUCCGAGCGACCCAAGGACAUGAAGCCCAAGGAGUUCUUCGCACAGCAGCUGCGGUUAGAGAUGCUGGCUGGUGACGAGGUGCAUUCCUCUUGCUUCUUCCCGACUCGUUCACAGACAUACUGCCGUCGAAGACUUCCGUGUUGCCCAACCGCUCUGCUUGAAACCAGGCGGUUCAAAGAAAGCCAGCGGUGUGGCAGCACCACAUGCCAACACAGCUAA